AUGGCCGCACAUGCAAGCAAUGGUGCACCGCAGCCGCAGAACUUUGUCAACGGAUGGCCACAUCCGGGGCUUCUCAGCGGAGCUGCUCUGCGGGAGGAUCUGGCCGAGAGCUUUCGCCGAGGAGUGAACAUGUCUGUCCAAGAGCAUUCGCUGAACUACGGGAACCCCGCGACCGGCUCCUACAUGCUGGGGCAUCCCAAGUUUCUCCAGGCCAUGGCGACUUUCCUCAAGGCUCAGUACCAUGAGCCCGUUGAUCCAAAAUCGUUGAUGUCUACGGUGGGUGCAUCCAUGGGCACCGACUUGUGCUUUCGUGCCUACGGCAAGGCAGGCGACAUCUGCGUCUUUGAGGAGCCCGGCUAUUUUUUGUCCUUCCAGAUGGCCCGGGAUCAAGGCUUGGAGCUGAAAGGUGUGCCCAUGUACGAGGAUGGCAUGGACCUGGAUGCGCUCGAGCAAGUGUGCAAGGAGUCGAUGGGGAAGGUAAAGCUUGUGUACACGGUGCCCGUGCAUCACAACCCAACAGGCUACAUCACAUCCAAUGAGAAGCGUGUCAGACUAUUGCAGCUUGCCAGGGACUACCAGUUCUUCGUGGUGGCGGAUGAGACGUACCAGCUGCUCAACUUUCAGCCAACUGAGGUGAAGCCGCUCUUCUACCACGACGAUCCUGAUGAUCCGCGGGUGUUUUCCAUCGGAACUUUCUCCAAGCUCAUUGGCCCUGGCAUCAAAGUCGGCUGGGUUCAGGCCCACCCGAAGCUGCUGCAGCCCCUUGCCGGCCUCGGCUUCAUUCGCAGCGGGAACAACCCUGUGAUCUUCUCGUCCAUGAAUCUGCUGCACUUCGUCGAGUCUGGCGCUCUGGCAAGGCACAUCGAAGUGGUCUCGAAAGACCUGGGCGAGAGGUGCCAACUCAUCUGCCGGAAGCUUCGUGAAGUUGGUCUCGAGGUUCACGAGCCCAAGGGCGGCUACUCUGUCUGGGUCAAGUCCAAGGGCAAGAUGACGGGACGAGGUGGUCAGGACAUGGCCGUGAAGGGUGACAAGUUCCACGACUACAUGCGCCUCUGCUACGGCUUUGGCCCCGGCUCCGAGCAUCACCGAGCCAAGCGACUUCUUGUCCUGGCGCAUUUGAACGCAGGCUGGCUUUCGCCGGAGCAGCUGGAGGAGGGUAUCGAGUGCGCACAGCAAGAUGCACCGCUUCGCUAA